AUGUCUUCUGUUGUUGGUCAUAUUCGUACUCCGUCGCCGGGCCCAACCCCGAGCAAAAAGGCUGCGGAAGCGUUAGCUAACUUCUCUCUGGAGACCCCAACAAAGACCAAGCUUUCUAAGAAAACUCCUCUCGUCGACGACAAGCGUCGCUCUAACUCACCUGACACCCUCGGCUCGGAAACCUCGGAUGACGUGGAGGCAAGAGACCCGCUUGAGGAACUUCGCACGAAGUUCGUUGGGGAUAUCAAUCUACCUGAGUCGGAGGAGCCACUCCUUAAGGAGUCGAAGCGUCGUUUCGUUCUGUUCCCCAUUCAAUAUCACGAGAUCUGGCAGAUGUACAAGAAAGCUGAGGCUUCGUUCUGGACUGCUGAGGAGAUGGACCUAUCAAAAGAUCUCCAUGACUGGAACAACCGUCUCAACAAUAAUGAGCGACAUUUCAUUUCCCAUGUUCUCGCCUUCUUUGCCGCUUCUGAUGGUAUUGUCAACGAGAACCUUGUCGAGCGCUUUUCCAACGAGGUUCAGGCUGCUGAGGCUCGAUGCUUCUACGGUUUCCAGAUCAUGAUGGAGAACAUCCACUCGGAGACUUACUCGCUCCUCAUCGACACUUACAUCAAGGACCCUGCUCAACGGGAAUACCUCUUUGACGCCGUGGAAACAAUUCCUUGUGUUAAACGCAAAGCUGACUGGGCACUUCGAUGGAUCUCGGACCAGCGCUCCACUUUCGCAGAGCGCCUCGUUGCAUUCGCCGCCGUCGAGGGUAUAUUCUUCUCUGGAUCCUUUGCGUCCAUUUUCUGGUUGAAGAAGCGUGGCCUGAUGCCGGGCUUGACAUUUUCAAACGAGCUUAUUAGCCGUGAUGAAGGCAUGCACACCGACUUUGCUUGCUUGCUCUUCACCCACAUGAAGCGUCGUCCUCAUCCCGAGGUUGUGCGUCACAUCAUCACUGAGGCUGUGACCAUCGAGCAAGAAUUCUUGACUGAUGCCCUGCCUGUGGCCCUCAUCGGCAUGAACUCCAAGCUGAUGCGCCGGUACAUCGAGUUCGUCGCUGACCGUUUGCUUGUCGCACUUGGUAACGACAAGGUUUACAAUGUCACCAACCCCUUCGACUUCAUGGACAUGAUCUCCCUCCAAGGGAAGACAAACUUCUUUGAGAAACGAGUUUCCGAUUAUUCAAAGGCCAAUGUCAACCACUCCAGUUCUAACAACACACAAACUGAAGAAGCCGCAUCGAGUAAAGCCUUGUGA